CCGAGGUUAGUUAGAGAAACUCGCGGACUUUGUGCUUCAAAUGCUACUUGUAGAUUACUUAAGUGCUAUUGCAGGAAUUGUGUUUCUUCUUGAAAUAGUCUCGACAGAAUCAAGAACCUAUGUAUUGCGUCAUCUACCCUUUGAUGGAGUUGUAGAUAGUUUUUCCGAUGCUGUCAGCUUAUUCGGACCUGACGUUUUCCACAGAGAUGGUUACCUAGUGAUCGCAAAGCCGAUUAACGGAUGUCAGGACAUUCAACCUCCACCCAUUAAUAUCACCUCAAAAGACUUCAACAAGAAUUCAUCUCAAUCUUUUGUUUCGUAUUUCGUUUUGAUUCAACGCGGAGGAUGUGAUUUUGAUUUGAAGGUGUUGAAUGCUCAACAGAAAGGCUAUACAGGGGUUAUAGUUUUUAACACAAUAAAUGAUAAAAUAUUCCCCAUGAGUGGCGGAGAACUUGCUAACCAAAUAAUCAUUCCGUCUGUUAUGGUAGAUAAACGUGCUGGGUUAAAACUAAUGAAUUAUUCAAUCAAUGGUUCUAUUAAUAACCCAAAAGAAUUUAUGAUAAGUAUAGUAAGCUUUUAUGGUUUACCACUGAAAUAUGUACUUCUUUCACUUCUAAUUGUCGUCGGCAUUUCAUUAUUGGUUCUGGUCAUUUCAUUCACAAUUCAUUUAUGCCGUUUUUGGCGUCGAAUUCGUCGUGGUCGUCUAUCACGACGACAUUUACGUCGAUUAGUUUUAAAACGCUAUACAAAAGGUUCAGAUCCAUAUGAUGUAUGUUGUAUCUGCUUAGAGGACUAUGUGGAUCGUGAUAAAUUACGGCUAUUGCCUUGUCAACAUGGUGAGCAUGUGUUGAUGUAUAUAACUACACUACUAUACAACAGUUUGUUUGUGAUCUCGAGUUACCUUUUUUAA